GGAGUCAACCUCUGGUCGAUCAUCAAGAGGAAUCAACUCCGAGGCUGAUCUCGUCACGAGGUAUUGAUAGAAGAAAACCUCGUGUCUUGUGUUCACAAAGACUGAUAUAAAAAAAACAAAGUUGACAUUACGGUAACCUCAGGUAAUCGGCGGCGAAUAAAUUGCUUCUCAACUGAGGAAUACCGCUUUUCUAUGAUCCACGCAAUGUCUCUGUCUGCCAAACUGAGCGCUACCAUCAGGCGCUGCACAUCUCUGGACAGUGUUUGGUUGACCGCAAACAGAUAUGCGUCAAGUUACACCGCCAAUGACAUCGAGAAGUCGGUGUUCAUAUCGCAGUCCACGAAUAUAUUUGUUAAUCUGGCUCUGGAGCACUGGCUGUAUCGCAACUUUGACUUCUCCAAGCACCACGUGUUGCUUCUCUGGAAAAAUGAUCCCUGUGUAGUAUUCGGUCGUCAUCAGAACCCGUGGCUAGAGUGUAACAUUCAGACAGCUGAGAAGAGAGGCAUUGCCUUGGCGCGCCGAAACAGUGGUGGCGGUACUGUCUAUCAUGAUAAAGGUAAUCUUAAUCUGACGUUUUUCACUCCAAAAGAGAGAUACAACCGGAAAUACAAUCUAAACAUCAUCACAAACGCCUUGUUUCGACAAUGGGGGUUGGAGAGUACGAUCAACGAACGUGAAGACAUUGUAGUCAAUGGAGACUGCAAAAUAUCCGGAACAGCUGCAAAAUUGGGGCGACCAAAUGCGUAUCAUCAUUGUACACUUUUGGUUAACGUAAACAAAAUCAAUCUGAGUUUAGCUCUUGAAAGAAAAGAGAAUGACAUCAUUACGAAUGCGACAGCGUCUGUACGUUCUCCAAUAAAAAACUUGUAUGACGUAAACAGAGAUAUCCAAGUGGAUAAACUUUUAUCAGCUAUUGGCUGGGAAUAUCUGCGAACGAAAGCUCUCGUUCUUGAAGACGGAAAUUACGGCCUGGUUGAACAACAAAAAGGAUUUAAAUUUAUUAAUCCAACUGAAGAUUGGUUCCCUGGAAUUGACGAGUUCUCCAACGAAUUUCGUUCUUGGGAUUGGAAUUUCGGCAAGACGCCGAAGUUCACCGUUUCUCGUACAGUCGAUGUCUCUACUCAUGACGGUAAGACGCAUCGUUUGAACUUGAGUUUGGAAGUGCAGAACGGCAUCGUGGAGGAAAUCAAAAUGAGUCUACCUGUCGGAUUAACUAACUUUGGCCAGGAUGCAUGUGUGAUCAGUAAUCUUCGUGGUACGAAAUACAAUCACGAAGUAAUGGAAAAUAUAAUUGCCACAAUUGGUGGCAAAACUGUGAUAAAUACACAAACCGUAGAUGAAAACAAUGUGAGAUGUGAUGAAGCUACGCUACAAUAACCAAACAUGUCGUCAAUAUAGUCUGAUAAAUUUUGUUGACAACUUUACAAAGUUUGAAAGAUGUUGAUAAAAUUAUAUAUAUAUAUAUAUAUAUAUGUGUGUUUUUUUUCUGUUAUAUAAAUAUUAGAUCAAAGACAAUCUUCAUGGUAAAAGUAAUUCAUUUUUAUGUAUAUAUUGCGAAAUGCGUUUUGUAUCGAAUACUCGGUAAUAAAAAAUAACAGUUUGAUCGAGAGUUUGGUGUCGACACAAAAUGUAUUCUGCAACAAUAUAUAAAUUAUAUUAAAAAACUUGUAAUAUGCAUAAAAUGAUGACGCCAUUAAAAAUCUAAGCAAAAUUAUAUCACGUACAUAAUAUCAUGUGUUCAAACAUAAAAGUGUAUAUAAAUAAAAUAUUAGUAUAUAUAUAAAUAAAACUAUUCUUUACUCAAACUUCAUUUAUUAAACUCAAACAAAUAAUUUAAACGUAAUUGUAAAUUUUUGACAAAAAAAUUAAAUUUACUCACGGACUCGUGCUUCGUAAGUAUGUAUGUAUGUAAAAAGCAUUCUUUCAAGAAUAAUAAAUGCGAAAAGAUGUCAUAAUA